GAUCAGGAAGUGUGACGCUAUCUACCCCGGGUGCUCGUCCAUGUUGCGGUAUCUGUAAAGAAAUGGCCACCGCAAAGAAGCUGACAGACAACCACCUGACCUGUGUCAUCUGUACAGAGGUGUUCACAGACCCUGCCACACUUCAGUGUAAUCACACAUUCUGUAAGUCCUGUCUGUUGAAAUACACCAAAACACAGUCUGAAGCAAUACAAGCCAAGUCCAUCCUAUGUCCCUCUUGUAGACAACAGACAAAGGUGACCAACCCUGACAGUCCAGUGGAGGAGCGGGUCAGUCAGCUGAAACCAAGCCACGUCAUACAGAGUCUGAUGGACGAUUUCGGGGGAUCGCAAGAUGUUGAUGCCUGUAGCGUAUGCAAAGAAGAAGGUCAAAGAACUCCAGGCACAACCUGGUGCACCACAUGUGACGAUUUCUUCUGUGAUGGGUGUCUCAAAUUACACAAGAAGAUGCCUCUGUCACGUGAUCAUGAAGUGCUUGAUGUACACAUCCACAUCAACAGAAAACCGAAAGUACGCAGCUUUAUGUGCAGAAUUCACAAGGACGAGAAGAUAAAACUGUUCUGUAAAGACUGCAGGGUGUCAAUGUGUUAUGUAUGCUGCAGCAUCAAACACCGGAAGUGUGAUGAUGUUGAAACCAUAGAUGCCAUGAUGCCUCUUGUUAAAGAAACUCUGGUCAAUGAAACAAGGAACCAAGAGAAGAAGAUACAAACUUACACCGACAAUAUUUCAUCAACAAACUCGAAAAUUGAAGUACUAACGACUAGUGCACAAGAAAUGAAAGAUGAAGUUAGGAAAGUACGCAUGGUGGCUACAGACGUUCUUGUGAGAAAGGAAAAAGAACUGCUGGUUCGCAUUGACAAACUCACUGAGUCCCGUGUACAAGAACUGACAGCCUACAGAAAGAGCCAGGAUAUUGACCUCCAGAUGGAACAGCAGCGGUUUGAGUUCACGGACAAAGCUGUGACGUCAAACCGUGUAGCAGAUAUGUUUGAUAUGUAUGAGUCUGUGGAUGGAGCUUCUAGAGAUGAAGAUGCAAGCGAGGACAGGAGACCACAGACAUCCAGCAUCAUCUUCGCACAGGACACAGAGAAGUUGAUGAGAUCUGUGGAUGAUGUGAUGCUGGGGGAGAUCAAAGUUGUUGGCGGUCUCAGUGACCGGACGUCAUCUCCUGUUCUCAUGGAAACAAUUGAUUUUAGUGGAGAGGUGCCUAACGGUUUACGUGACUUCGUAGUAUUUGCUGUUAAUGGUGUCAGGAUAAUUAUUGUGUUAGAUUUUUGCGGUGGUCGACUCUGCAUGUACUAUGUUCCAAACAAAACAUCCUUGAAAAAACAUCUCCAACUACCUUGUGGGCCAGCGGGAAUAGUUAAGGUGAGUGGAACUAAGGCAGCUGUUACUGUGCCAUUCGCACAAGAAAUAGCGUUCAUCAAGUUUGACCCUGAACCUAUAUUGCAGUCAAAUGUGAAAACAAAGAGGAAGUAUGAUGGUUUAGCCUUCCUGAUCCCUGCACAACUCGUAGCAGGAACAUUAGACGAUCCUGCCUCUGUUGACAUACUGGACAUGGGAGGGAAUGUACUGAAAUCUAUCAAGACAGGUGUUAUAAACAAUCCAGAAUACAUUCAUGUUACGGGGAAUAACAACGUGGUAGUCAGUCGAGGGGAAGUAAAAUCCCUAGUGUCUGUGACCAGUGACGGACAAGCUGUUUUCACCUUCACACCUGGAGGAGACAGGGCUCUGGAAAGUCCUGGAGGUAUCACAUCAACCAGCACAGGAGACAUCCUGCUUGUAGACUCAGGCUCCAUGUUUGCGUACUCAGGCUCCAAGGUGAUUCAGCUGACAGAGUCGGGGCAGUUUGUCAGAGACGUUCUCACAGCACAGGAUGACCAGUGGAGUCCCAUAGGUAUCCGUCUGGAUGAUGACGGCCUGUUGUAUGUCGCUUCAGGCCUAUGUAUGGAAAUAUUCGGCUUUAUAUAGUAUGUGUGUGUGUGUGUAUUAGGUAGAUAGUUAUGAUGGUAUGUAGGUAGGUAGGUAGGUAGGUAGAUAGAUAUUCCUCCGAUAUGUGACUAUGUACUGCUUUUUAGAUUUAAGAUAUGUAGUCUUUAAACGUCGAUGCGUAAGAAUAAAUCGUGGCUAAGAUCGUUUCGAAAUCUGGGCCAUGUCAAUGAACACACGCAUUCAAUCGCCCAUCUUAUCGCCAAUCAUGAAGUCAACUGUGGUUAUCGUGUUACUGGAAUGUCCAGAAGACAUACCCCAGCCCAGGUUACGACGAAAUGUUUAGCUAUAUGCGCGAAGAAAAGUGUUAUCAAAACUAUGCAUAUACAACUUCUGAUGUUUCAUGUCUUCGGUAGUUCAAAUGGCUUUAU